CACAAUGCAUUACAUAGCAAAGAAUUAGAGAAACUGUUCGCAAAUAAUCUUCUGUAGGAGAGCAUUCGUAUCUACGCUCUUAAACUGUUUUACCGAAUUUUGUAAAUAAAAAGUGUGGGAUUCGGCGAAAGUUGGAGCAGAAUCGGCUUCGGUGCCUACAUGACUAUGAAUUUAUGCCACAACAACGCUUUUUCCCUCUUCAACCCACCAUUUCAAACCACACCUCAACUUCCUCUCACUUCAAUCUCAUCCCUCUUCAACUUCAAUUCCCUUCAAAAAUCCAAGUUCCCACGCGCCACCGCAAAUGCUACCGGCGAAGCAACUCUGCCAACCAUGUCCCAAAUUCUAGAAGCGUCGCGAGCGCAGAAACUCGACCUUCACCUCAAAACUCUGGGACCCUUUUUCAGAAUCACAGCAAGGAGCUUGGUAACCGACGCAGAGCUCGGAAGGGCCGAGGGGUUCGUAAGAUUCUGGGUAGAUGGCAAAAUCCUUCACUUGGACUCGAUUAAACUACGGAGAGAAACACUGGGCAUGGAGAAAUCAAUCUUUGGCCUUGGCCUGUUCAUUGGAGCCGUUGCAAUUCGACACGGUUAUGAUUCUGGCUGCAGAACAGCGCAGCUAUUGGCCAUCAAUGACUCCGAUCUUUACCAUUCCAAGUUGGUUCGAUUCUACAGUAGACUUGGGUUUAAAGCAGUGUACGAGGUAACGGGGUCAUCCCUUGGAGAUGUUGGGCACAUGCUUGUGUGGGGUGGUGUUGGUACCCGCAUGGAUGCUAGUGUUGAAGAACUGAUGGUAAAGUGGUGUACAAGAUUUAAAUCUCCUCAUAAAUAAUUAUGUCACGGUUGGAGGAGCAAUUGAAUUACAGCAAAAGUAACAUAGUAAGAAAUAGGCAUAGCAGAAGAAAAACAACGUUUUUUUGUCGAUUUGAUCUUUGUUCUUAUCCUAAUGAGAAAUGAAUCUAGAGAAUAUGUACAAGUUCUAGUUUGUUUGAUGGUUGGUUGUAUGAUCACUAGUUACUCAUCACUUCAGCUCUGUGUAAAAGUUUGCUGCUUAAAAAUAUGAGAGAUUGUAAUGAAAAGGGGAUAUAGAUUAAUGUUACAAGUAAAGACCGGAUAAUUACAAAGUAUGGUUGUAAUACUUUUUGUAAAAUUUAUUCAUCAUUUAUAUUUCUCCUA